AUGGUAAGCGAAAUUGUAUCUAUUUAGUUUCAUAUAACAAUUAUAAUAUUAAUCAUGUACAUUUUAAGUACUGAAAUAUCUAUCCCUCUGGGCGUACAUAUAUUGAGGCAUACCUCAUACAUACCUUUAUUCACUGGGACUAAAAAUAUAGUUUCCGCCCAACUUUAUUUGAUCGAUCCGCAGGUAAAGUAACCGGCAGUGGUCUUUCAAACGAAGAGUUUUGACCGUUUUUACUGCUUCAAAUAUAGUUUCUUUAUUGAACAACAAAACGCAUCGGCAUUGUUGUUGAAAACCAACGAGCGUCUGUGCUGCGCAUGAGUGUUUUUCCCCCCCAAGAAAUACAAAUGAUUAAUGAUAUUAUGAUUUAUUAUUUGUUCGAUAUUUUUUUUCAAAUUCGUAUUGUAAAUCAUAUAAUAUUGUAUAUUGUUUAGUACGGUGCUCUGAGCUCUACGGUCGCUUGCACGUCACAGUCGUACGAUUCGUCCGGGCACGUGCUGCUCUUGACGACUUGGCUGUACGUGUUCAUCGCGGUCACUUUUGUGACACUGAUAGCCAAUCUAUUUCCAGUGAGUGAAAAUAGUGACACACUGAUGUAUCCAAAGUUCUUUGUAAUAUUGUGGUUUUGUUUAAUGUUUAUGUGACGCAAAUUUCGUAUUGAUCUUCAGCUUAAUAACGUAGGUAACUAUGCAAACAAAAGUAAUUUGCUCAUUAUUCCGAAAUGUCACGAGCCACGAGUUUUAAGAGUUAUUCAACCGUUUAAAACUCUCGCAAUGGUAUUUUUUUCUUUCAGCGUGCAAAUGGUAGAAAGCGCAUUAAUAAUAUUUUCACAUAUUUUAUAACAGUUUUUUUGCCACAUCUCGAAUACGACCCGCGUAACGAUAACGGAUGUGUGCAUUUAAUUUUUUAUUUAGUUAUAGAAGACCGAAUGUCUGACAAAGCAAUCUUGCAUAUUACAAGACUUUUUUUCAAUCAUAAGCAUUUUAAAAAGUUUCAAAAAUUACCGUGAAAAAUUGUUCAGCAAUACAAAGUGUGAUCAAAAAGUUCUUAGACUGUUUGAAUUGCGUACCAACAGAGCGUCGAAAAGUGAUACCAAUCGUAGCUACUGAGCCAAGAUUCACAUCAUUAACUUACGUGGCUUUUUCUGGGCAUAUAUGUUUUUGUAGAUUCUCUAUAACCUUCUCUGUUGUAAUCUAUAUUUAUGCGAAAUUGGUUUUUCGUAUUUAGCUAUUUUUUAACGAAUUCAAAAAAAGAUCCGUUUGAUGAGCUUUUUUUGGUGGGGAGGAUUAGAGAAGUUUUUUUAUUUGUUGUUAUGGCAUAACCUUAUUUCACAGAAAAAUACAACAUAAUACAUGGCGCAUGUCGAAAGUUGUACCUGCUAAGUUUCAGAUGCACUAAGCGGACCUGUAGCUUUUCAGUUACAAUUUUUGGAAUGUGAUCAAUAAAAUGUUGCAUUUUUCCGCCAACUAGAUUUUUUUCAUCACAAUGGAAGCAAACAUUUUUCUUAACAUCUCUCCUUCUAAAAAGCUCUUUAAGUUUGUCUUCUUUUGGGUUUAUUACAAAAUCGCUAACAUGAAAAACUUAUUUUACAAAUAUAUCAGUUAUAUUAAAACGAAUAAGAUUAUAUAGAAUCUAUAAAUCAGAAAAUAUGCUUAGGGAAAGUCACAGGAGUCAGUGAUACCAAAACCAACCGAGACGAUAAGAAAACGGCCUAAAAAAUUGAGAUCCAAGUAUACUAACUUCGAAACAUAAUAGUUUCAUUUAAACUCCGAAUCUACAAAAGAAGUUUCCAAGGUCCAAGGUCAUACAAUUUUUGGUAUUGAAAUUAAGUUUUAAUAAUUUAUAGUUUUUAUUUUUGAAAUUAUCUUUGUUAUCAUCCUGGGAGAGCUAUUGCCCGCUAUCAUUCGACCCCCUGUUAGUGCGUUAUUCAAACAGACUGGGGAAUUUCGGAUCCUACCUCGUAUACUUAAUACAAAUUUAUUUUUAAACUAGGUGGUAUAAUAUUUCACUUUAGUUUCAUUAUCGUCGUUUUAGUGUGAUCACAACCAUCUGCUCAAAUAUCUCUUAUGCAUCAUGUGGCCGGUUGUCGGCGUUUCAUGGUUCGUCACGUAUUUGACGUUGGCUAACGUGUUCGUUCGGUUCCGGUCCGGACAGCUCGGCUUGGGACUCGCCUUCGCGGUCGUUUACACAGCUGUAAGCAAAAAUAUAAUAUAAUUAUGAUAAUAAUUGAAACAACGGAAAACCGCUGAUGUUUUGCUAAAAGUUGGUAAUAUGAGUAUAAUUUGUGUACGAGAACUCGGCAAAAUUGCAAAGAUAUCAGUUGAUUUAUUACGUGGUUGAUUAACAAUUUUGUUAAUAAUUUCAAAAGUCUAGUGAAACGAAAUCUCCUACCCAUAUUAUUCAAGUCGUUCAACUAUGUAUUACACAAAACUUUUAGAAAUUUUUUACUACUUAUACCUUACUUAAAACGAUUUUUACUGAGGAAACGAAACUGCACUUUAUUUUGAGUAUUUGAAUAUAAUAAUUAAUAGAUUACUUCUUGACCUCUACUACAAACAAAACUAAAAGAUCCGUAUUAUUUUUGGUACCCCAUUCCAUUUCACUUUUGAGGUCUUGACCUGAUCGAAUCAGAAAUCAGUAAUUAAUUUUUUUAUAAAAUACACGAUUAGCUCUUACAAAUAUAAUGACGGGUCUAUCCAACAAUGACUUGCCUACAAAACGAAGGACAUCAGAUUUAUUUUUAAAAAAAUCUGUUGAUAUUGUACCGUUAAUUUAUAGUGAUUUCAAGAUAUUAUGUUCCUAAAUGUAAUAUAAUACGAUGAAAUUUCGUCAUGUCAAAUUAUAUAGUUCCGCGGUGUUACGGCGUGAGCACAAGAAGUGCAGCACCGUUACCGCGACGAGCGAAGGCGAUAAUAGACCCGAAACUUCUUAAAGCAACCUACCACAAUUCCCUAAACUUUGAUGUACACUUAAUAAAUUAAUCUUUUUUUGUUUUACAACACGUAGUCGAAAUAAUAGCAGAGUAUUAAUUAUGUUAACUACAUUUGUUCGAGUUUUCCGCCAAAAAAAAGUAAAAAAUAAUAAUAGUAGGUAAUUAUUUCCACGUUGUUAUGGUUUAUAUAAACAUCCGAAAAAUUAAUUAUGUUAUGCGUGUAUAUGUUAGUUUGGAUAGUAUUCACUCUCCCCAUGGGAAAAAUAACACCGAUAUGUAGCACGCAUACGCAUACAUUUGCAAGAUUAUUUUCAGAAUUUUUAACGACAUAUUUAAGAUAAACCGAAAUUCAGGGGUAGCUGGCUAGACAGAUUAGAAGACCCCCUUCCCUAAUCAAAAUUGAUAUUUUUGAAAUUUCAUGAAUUAUUAUUUUUAUUCCUUCACACUAAAAAUAUUCUGAUUAUAAGAAAUAAACAUUUUUCAGAAUUAAACUCUAAAGUUGUCAGUUCUGUACGGGAUAAUUAUACAAACCAAAAUUGUCAGUUGUUUUUUAUCUUCCCAUUUGUUGUUUUAUACGAGAAAUCUAAUCCCAGAGGAGGAGGGGUACUGGAGAGACGUAUCGCGCCUAUCCAAAUGCAAUUUAAGGCUGUUCAAAUAUAUAGAACAGAAUGUGGUGUUAUACUGUUAUGUGGAUCCGUUCAAUUUAUUCGUGAUCAGAUUAAUGAAUAAUAACAUAGAAGAGCAAUGUGAAAUGUGAAACGUGGAAUCUGGUUCAAUCAAACAAAUCAUGUGUAUUAUUAAUUACACAUGUAUUACAGGGGCGAUUGGGGGGGGGGGUAGAAGUGAGAUUCAAAUUUUUUUUAGUUACCUAUUUGUUUGUAAAGUCAUAUUAUUCAACACUUUAUUUUCAUUAAGAAACUAUCUACUUGUUCAGAUAGUAGAAUUAAUUAAAUUAUUUUAUAAUUUCAUUCAUUCUUAAUUUUAUUACUAUAUUUAGUUUAAAGGGAUUGGAAAUGGUUAUUUUCUGUCUUUGUCUUAUACACGUGUAACAUAAGAAUUUAGAUGGGUUCUAUUUACAACAUACUGAUUGAUCAAGUGAAGCGAUAAGAAUUCUAAACGCAGAUUAAAAUUAAUCUUCAAGGUUACUUGAGAUCGACUUUCUCAAUUUUCAAUUUUAAUUUCUCCGAAAGUUAAAAUAUUCCAUUUUUUAAUUACUCCUUUUAACUCCUUUUGAUUAUCCAUAAUUAUACGGGUUUUAUAAAUACUUAUAUCGUGUAAAUGCGUAAUUAAUUUAUUUGACAUUUUUUUUAAAAAUUUUUUUUGAAUAACGACCGUCCGACCGUUCAUGGUCAAUAGUUUAACGACAAUAUUUCUGAUAUGGUUAUUAUUUGGUAUUACAAUUGGAAGACGUUGAUUUAAACAUGUAAAUAACUUCUUGUUUCUUGGGUCUCUCUUAAUAACAGCAAUAUAAGAUGUUGGAAUAAUAAUUAAUAAAAAAAAAGAAAGAGCUGAUACUAGGAACGGGUGCAGUUACUAUUGUAGUAAGUAAGUUGAAAGGUAAGAUACAUAAAGUUGUUAUUUAACUUAUAUCUGUACGCAAAGAAAUACAUUAAAGAAAAGCAAUUCGGAGUGAAGUUCGGUAAGACAUAUUUUGAAAUGCCGUAAUUUAUACGAUUUUCGCCAAAAUUUGAUCUUAAAACGCUUUUGAAAAAAUAUAUUAAGCAAAAAACUCAUUUCAAAAAAUCGUGAAAUCGUGGCACCGUAGUUUAAAAAAAAAAAAAAAAAUCAAAAAAUGACUUCUUCGAUGUACCAACUAGAUAAAAUUACCGGGGGGUAAAAUAAAGGCGCAAAAUUUCUGGUAGAAAAGUUGUUCACAGAUACAAAAAACAAAAAAAAGAAGACACAAAGCACACAUUAUAGUAAAAUCAAUAGAUCCCUCGAUUCGUUCCGAAUAUUUAAAACAAAAUUGAAAAUAAUAAAAGCAUUAUUUUCUUUAGUUUUCACGUUCUUUCUACGUUUUUUCCCGAUUUUUCUUUAUUACUUUGAAAACCGCUUGAAGAAUCGAAAUAGUGUUUUUCAGUGGCGUACGUAAUCACAAAGUAGUAAAUGUGAAAAAAAAAAAAUUUAAAAGACCAGUAUUGAAAAUUUUUUUAUGAAAUAAAGCACUUUUAAAUUUCAUAAAUUAACUCUUUGUAACGCGACAUAAACGGACUGACAGACUGCUAGAUUUUGUGUCGAGCCGAAAAACUAUGGACACAACGCUAUAAUAGUGUCUCGGAACCAUGAUGAUAAUUUUAUCCGACCACGUUCGAAAUAAUAAUUAUUCACGGGCAACGACAACUUUUAAGUAAUAUGCUGCAAUGUUUCGCUAUCGCCGCACGGACUCACGGCUUAUUCAUUUAUUCUUGACGCGUAUUAAACAAUAUGAUUAUAUAUUUAGCAAAACUUUGCGGCGCGUCCCGUUCGGCCAGCGCGCUAAACUUUGUCGGGUUACCCACUAUACUUAGGCGGCCAGAGUAUAUAGACACGGCAAAAUGUUUCCUGUUCGGUUUUAACGGUUUCGACCGGAACGCGUAUAAAUUAGGUAAAUAUCCGAUUCGGGCUGCAAAUAAUAUUGUUGCCGAUAAAAUGCGGGUUUCAAAUAUAUAAUUAUACGGUAUAUCACAGUACCUAUUAUUAAUAACUGGCGAUGUAAACGGAACCAAACCGCCGCAGUUCGACGUCAAAAACAUGAUUCCCGUUACAUUGGCUUGUUAGAGGCUUUGUCGUGUCGUGGUAGUGGCGUGCCGGACGGUUUUUUCGGAAUUGAUGAGAACUUAUCGGAAAAAAAAAAAAAAAAAAAUUCAAUUUUAUAUUAUAAUUAUUAUAGUAUCUGGCUAUGAACACGCAGCACAUUGCGAGCAAUCAGGAGGAAGAUUUGUCCGUUGACGAAUACGGAUACGCCGCGAUCGUUUUGGCCGUCGACGUGAUGAACGUAUCCCUGUUCAUGGUAACCGUAUACGAUGUCAUCGACUAA